AUGAUUCGAUGUCUUCAACCAUUGAAUUUAAACAACAAAUCACAAAGUAAAUCAUCAAGUAAAGUAUCUAAUAGUGGAAGACAACCAUUAUCUCUUCAUUCUUCUAUUAUAUUAAUUACAACAGCAGAUUAUAUUAGAAACUGUACAUUGUUUGGAGGUAAAACAAGAGCAUGUGUAUUAGCACACUUAAUCACAGCAGGUAUCACUCCAAAGUUUCUUGGCUCUAUCAAUGUUGUGUGUACAGAUUAUGGACAUCAGAAGAACUGUGGAAAGUUUUCUGUAAAUAAACAAAUGAUUAGAUUCACUGGUUCUAAAAUUGGUCCAAAUCCACUUACCAACGAAAAGUUAUAUAAUUCAAAAUAUGCUAUAUUUGACACAACAGGACAUUCUGGUGUUGAUAAUAGUACUACAAUUACAGAAGUAGGAGGUGGUAUUUUAUCUCCACAAAGAGGUUCUCAAAUGAAUACAGAAAAUCUAAUUGAUACAUCCAGUUCUGAAAUAACCAUACCAUCUGAAAGUAACCGUAUAUUUAUUGGUCAAGGAUCAUCAAACACUGAAUUCACUGUACCAGAAGUUAGCUCAUCUAACACCAGUUCACAAUUACUUCAACCAACACCUGGUUUUAAUCAAAAUUUAAUUUAA